AUGAAGUUCUAUAUCGAUGACUUGCCCGUCAUUUUUCCCUAUCCGAAAAUAUAUCCGGAGCAGUACCAGUACAUGUGCGACAUCAAGAAAACUCUCGAUGCCGGAGGAAACAGUAUACUAGAGAUGCCUUCCGGGACUGGUAAGACAGUCUCUCUACUUUCCUUGGCCGUAGCAUAUCAAACGCACUAUUCAGAGCAUCGCAAAGUUAUCUACUGCUCCCGUACAAUGUCGGAAAUCGAGAAGGCAUUGGUAGAAUUGGAAUCGUUGAUGGACUAUAGGGCCAAAGAACUGGGACAUAGAGAGCAUUUCCGAGGCCUGGGUUUGACCAGUAGAAAGAACCUGUGCUUGCAUCCAAAGGUACGUAAAGAGAGAAAGGGCACGGUGGUAGAUGAAAAAUGUCGGCGUAUGACCAAUGGCCAGCAAAAACGUAAACUUGAGCAGGACCCUAAUGCCAACGUCGAGCUUUGCGACUUCCACGAAAAUCUCUACAGCAUGGAGCCCGAAAACUACGUUCCUGUCGGUGUGUUCUCGUUUGAAAAACUGAUAAAAUACUGUGAAGAAAGGACAAUGUGCCCGUAUUUCACAGUCCGUAGGAUGAUCUCCAUGUGCAAUAUCAUGAUCUACUCAUACCACUAUCUACUUGAUCCCAAGAUCUCUGAGAGGGUAUCUAGAGAAGUUUCCAAGGAUGCAAUUGUGAUCUUCGACGAAGCCCACAACAUCGAUAACGUUUGCAUUGAGUCUCUCUCGCUGGAUCUGACGAAUGACGUUCUGAAACGUGCCACCAAAGGUGCGAAUGACUUGACGGAUAAAAUUCACGAGGUAAGGCAAGUUGACUCUCAGAAGCUCCAAGACGAAUAUGAAAAACUAGUAAAUGGCCUCCGUGCCCCCGACAUGUUGGACGAAUCGGAAGAGCCACCAGUAGAAUCGCCAGUUCUUUCUCAAGAUUUACUGAAAGAGGCUAUUCCAGGUAAUAUACGAAGAGCAGAGCAUUUUGUUUCGUUUUUGAAGAGAUUCAUUGAGUAUCUAAAGACCAGGAUGAAAGUUCUACACGUCAUUUCCGAAACCCCGAACUCUUUCUUGCAACAUUUGAAGCAACUAACGUUCAUCGAGAAGAAACCUCUACGAUUUUGUUCUGAGCGUUUGUCGCUUUUGGUUAGAACUUUGGAAGUCUCGGACAUCGAGGAGUUUAACGCUCUCAAAGAUAUCGCGACAUUCGCCACCUUGAUUUCGACGUACGAAGAUGGGUUUACGCUUAUCAUCGAGCCGUACGAAAUUGAAAAUGCCGCCGUCCCCAAUCCCAUCAUGAGAUUUACAUGUCUCGAUGCAUCCAUCGCAAUCAAACCCGUAUUUGAGAAGUUUUCAUCUGUCAUUAUCACGUCCGGAACUAUAUCGCCGCUGGACAUGUAUCCAAAAAUGCUCGAUUUCGAGACCGUUCUGCAGGAGUCUUAUGCUAUGACAUUAGCAAAAAAGUCAUUUUUACCGAUGAUUGUUACGAAAGGGUCCGAUCAAGUUGCAAUCUCCUCGCGAUUCGAAAUAAGAAACGACCCCAGUAUUGUAAGGAAUUACGGAUCGAUGUUGGUGGAAUUCGCAAAGAUUACUCCUGACGGCAUGGUUGUUUUCUUUCCUUCCUAUUUGUACAUGGAAAGUAUCAUUUCGAUGUGGCAGACUAUGGGUAUACUGGACGAAGUUUGGAAAUAUAAACUUAUUUUGGUAGAGACACCAGAUGCGCAAGAAACAUCGUUAGCUCUAGAAACAUAUCGAAAAGCCUGUUCCAAUGGGCGUGGUGCUAUUUUGCUAUCAGUCGCGAGAGGGAAAGUCUCGGAGGGUAUCGAUUUUGACCACCAUUUUGGCAGGACUGUACUCAUGAUAGGUAUACCAUUUCAGUACACAGAAUCGCGUAUUUUGAAGGCUCGGCUUGAGUUUUUGAGAGAACAUUAUCAAAUAAGGGAGAACGACUUUCUUUCUUUCGACGCCAUGAGACAUGCAGCGCAGUGUCUAGGUAGAGUUUUGAGAGGUAAGGACGACUACGGAGUUAUGGUGCUGGCAGAUCGAAGAUUUGCGAGGAAGAAAAACCAACUACCAAAAUGGAUAGCGCAAGGAUUGUCGGAUGCUGACCUAAAUCUAUCGACAGAUAUGGCCAUUGCCAACACAAAACAGUUCUUAAGGACUAUGGCUCAACCUACAGACCCCAAGGACCAAGAGGGUGUUUCGCUUUGGAAUUAUGAGCAACUCAUAAAGUACCAGAACGAACAUCAGAAAAAAGGAGACGGUUUUGUCGUAACUUCAGAGGAGAAGAAGGAUAGUGAGGGAGAUGUUGCAAUGAUGUGA